UGUAAAUUGAUUCCAUUCCGUUGUGUGAUAUCAACUUGUUGCGUGCUUUUGUUGCCGGUGUGCUACUCAAUUGCCGAUUUUUUUGUUGAAAUUAUAACAUAAAUUAAAUAAAACAAAUCGUUUCAGAUUUAAAACUUGCAAAAAUACAUUCAAAAUGCCUCAUUAUCAUAAACCAGAGUCAAAAACUGUUCAAGAAUUGAAGGACAUCGCUAACAAGUUGAGAAUCCAUUCUAUUCAGGCCACGCAAGCCAGUAAAUCGGGACAUCCAACAUCAUGUUCGUCCAUGGCAGAAAUAAUGUCUGUCCUUUUCUUCCACACAAUGCGCUACAAAGUUUCUGCACCAAAAGAUCCGAGCAGUGACAGAUUUAUUCUCAGCAAGGGACAUGCAGCUCCAAUUCUUUACGCAGCGUGGGCAGAGGCGGGCCUCUUCCAGGUUUCCGAUUUGCAGAAUUUGCGGAAAUUUGACAGUGACCUUGAAGGUCAUCCAACUCCCAGAUUGAACUUUGUUGACGUAGGAACAGGCUCCUUGGGACAGGGUCUCUCUGUAGCGGCUGGAAUGGCCUAUGUUGGCAAAAAUUAUGACAAAGCCAGUUACCGUGUUUACUGCUUAGUCGGAGACGGUGAAUCGGCUGAGGGUUCAAUUUGGGAGGCCUUACAUUUCGCUUCUCAUUAUAAACUUGACAAUUUGUGUGUGAUAUUUGAUAUUAAUCGUCUUGGACAGAGUGAGGCUACAAGCAUUCAACACGAUAUGGAAGUUUAUCGCAAGCGUCUCGAAUCCUUUGGUUUUAAUACUUUGGUUGUUGAUGGGCACGACGUCGACGAACUCACGAAGGCUUUCCACGAGGCACAAAGUACAAAAGAACGUCCCACUGCCGUUUUAGCAAAAACUUUCAAAGGAAGGAACUUCCCAAAUAUCGAGGAUUUGGACAAUUGGCACGGCAAGCCUCUCGGUGCCAAGGCUAAUGAAGUAAUUGAGCACUUGACGACACUUAUCAAGAAUCCAGGACCCCUUGAACUUCAUCCUCAAAAACCUUUAGUGGAGGACGCACCAAAAAUUGAUAUCAGCAAUAUUAAAUUGGACACACCGCCGAGUUAUAAACUUGGUGAAAUGAUUGCUACACGUGCUGCCUAUGGAACAGCUAUUGCUAAGCUGGCGAAGAACAAUUCACGAGUGAUUGCUGUUGAUGGUGAUACUAAAAAUUCAACGUUUUCGGAAAAAAUUAAAACAGUCGAUCCAAAGAGAUACAUUGAGGGUUAUAUUGCCGAGCAAAAUUUGGUUGGCGUUGCAAUGGGUGCAACUUGUCGCGAUCGAACUGUUGCUUUUGUCUCUACAUUCGCCACCUUUUUCACCCGAGCUUUCGAUCAGAUAAGAAUGGGAGCAAUUUCGCAGACAAAUGUGAAUUUCGUCGGUUCUCAUUGUGGAGUAUCAAUUGGUGAAGAUGGUCCUUCACAAAUGGGUCUCGAGGAUAUUGCAAUGUUCCGAACAGUUCCCGGCUCCACUGUCUUCUAUCCAAGCGAUGCUGUUUCAACAGAAAGAGCCGUUGAAUUGGCAGCCAAUACAAAGGGCAUUUGUUUCAUACGCACAUCACGUCCAAACACUGCCGUUCUCUACAAGAACGACGAACCAUUCGCAAUUGGAAAGAGCAAAAUUGUCAAGUCAUCGCCAAAAGACGAAGUUCUUCUGAUUGGUGCCGGUGUCACUCUCCACGAGGCCGUUGCAGCUGCCGAGGAAUUGGCCAAGUCUGGAAUUCACGUUCGAGUCAUGGAUCCAUUCACAAUUAAACCAAUUGAUCAGGCUGCAAUUGUGGCGAAUGCCAAAGAAGUUGGUGGCAGAAUUGUCACCGUCGAGGAUCAUUAUCCCGAGGGUGGAUUGGGAGAGGCAGUUUUAUCGGCCGUUGCAAUGACGAAAAAUGUUAUUGUCAAGAAACUUGCCGUGCCGGAAGUUCCUCGUUCGGGACCACCUAAUACAUUGUUGGAUGCGUAUGGAAUUAGUGCACGCAACAUUGUUGCUGCGGUUCAAGAAAUACGCAAGGCCUAAUUUGUCUGUUGCAAAUAAUUGAACGUGGCUUCUAAAAAAGGCAACAAUAAAAGCACAAGAAGAAAAAACGACAUCAUUUUGAAGAUGUGUGAUCAAAGACUUUUACCUUUUGUACAUGCCUAUGAAUUUUUUUCACGAAGGUUAGAAAUUUUUUUUAAAUACUAUUAUAAGAGUAUCUUACACUUGAUCAAACAUUUAUGGAAUUUUUUUUUUUUAAUAAUAACUUUUAAUCUCGAUUGUCGGGAAAAGUUGUAAAUUUCAAAUGUUUAACAUAUUUUUCUAAAAGGUUUGUAAAGAUGUAUGGUACUUGAAUGUUGAGUGUUUUUGCAUUUAUUAUAUUAAUAUACAGUUCUUUAUGAAGCCACUGAAAGCGAAUAGACCUAUUUUCAGAAAA